AUGGCCACCGUCACCACCAAGACCGGUCAGGUCGUGGACCGCGGGGUCUUGGACUCGAUGCUCCGUCGCCGACUCUUCUACACCCCCGCCUUUGAGAUCUACGGCGGUGUCUCCGGUCUCUACGAUUACGGUCCCCCCGGUUGCGCCGUCCAGAACAACAUCGUCGACCUGUGGCGGAAACAUUUCGUGCUGGAGGAGGACAUGAUGGAGGUCGACUGCACCAUGUUGACCCCCGACGAGGUCCUGCGCACCAGUGGCCACGUGGAGAAGUUCGCCGAUUGGAUGUGCAAGGACCCCAAGACCGGCGAGAUCUUCCGCGCGGACCACCUGGUGGAGGAGGUGCUGGAGAACCGCCUCAAGGGCGACAAGGAGGCCCGUGGCCAGAAGGUCGUGGUGGACGAGGAGAAGGAGGCCAAGAAGAAGAAGAAGUCCAAGGAGACCAAGGCCAUCAAGCUGGAUGACGCCGUCGUUAAGGAGUACGAGGAGUGUCUGGCCCAGAUCGACAACUACGGUGGUCCCGAGCUGGAGCAGAUCAUCGCCAAGUACGACAUCCGCAACCCCCAGACCGACGGCAACGUCCUGCCGCCCGUCGCCUUCAACCUGAUGUUCCAGACCGGCAUCGGCCCCAGCGGCAACCUCGCGGGCUACCUGCGGCCCGAGACCGCCCAGGGCCAGUUUCUGAACUUCCAGAAGCUGCUGGACUUCAACCAGCAGUCCAUGCCCUUCGCGUCCGCCUCGAUUGGCAAGUCGUUCCGGAAUGAGAUUUCCCCGCGCGCGGGUCUCCUGCGUGUGCGCGAGUUCCUCAUGGCCGAGAUCGAGCACUACGUCGACCCCGAGGCCGGCAAGAAGCACGCGCGCUUCGAGGAGAUCAAGGACAUUGAGAUGUCCCUGCUGGCUCGCGACGUGCAGCUGUCCGGCAGCACCCAGGUCACCAAGAUGACCAUCGGCAAGGCUGUCGAGACUGGUCUGGUCGACAACGAGACCCUGGGUUACUUCAUCGCCCGCAUCCAGCUGUUCCUGCUCAAGCUCGGCGUGGACCCCAACCGCCUGCGGUUCCGCCAGCACAUGGCCAACGAGAUGGCGCACUACGCGGCCGACUGCUGGGACGCCGAGCUGCACACCAGCUACGGCUGGAUCGAGUGCGUGGGCUGCGCCGACCGCAGCGCCUACGACCUGACGGUGCACAAGAACAAGACCGGCGCCCCGCUGGUCGUGCGCGAGCCCCGCGCCGAGCCCCUCAAGGUCGAGGAGUGGCAGGUCGAUCUGGACAAGAAGAAGUUCGGCCCCCGGUUCAAGAAGGACGGCAAGACCGUCGCCGCCGCCGUCGAGGCGCUGUCCCAGGAGUUCCGGGAGAAGCUGGCCCUGGAUCUGGACCAGCAGGGCAAGAUCGAGGUGGACGUCGAGGGUGUCGGCUCCGGCAAGGUCGAGCUGGACAAGGAGCUCAUCAAGAUCGAGAAGCGCACCCGCGUCGAGAACGUGCGCGAGUACACUCCCAACGUGAUCGAGCCGUCCUUCGGUAUCGGCCGUAUCCUGUACAGCUUGAUGGAGCACGCCUACUGGUCCCGUGAGGGAGAUGAGGCUCGUGGAGUUCUGUCCUUCCCCCCCGUGAUCGCGCCCACCAAGGUGCUGAUCGUUCCCCUGUCUUCGCACGCCUCUUUCCGCCCGCUGUUGCAGCGCCUGAUGACGAAGCUGCGUCGCAUGGGUGUGUCGAACCGCGUGGAUGACUCGUCGGCCAGUAUCGGCAAGCGGUACUCCCGUAACGACGAGCUGGGCACGCCCUUCGGCGUCACGGUCGACUUCCAGUCGGUCAAGGACAACUCGUAUACUCUGCGCGACCGCGACUCGACGAAGCAAGUCCGUGCUAGCGAGGAUGAGAUCACCCAGGCCAUCAAGUCGCUCGUGGACGGCGACGAGACAUGGGAGGAUAUCCGCCAGCGCCUGCCCGAGUUCACGGGACAGGAGGUCGAUUAG